AUGCAAGAGUCCCAACCCACCCAGAAACCAAUUAAAAAGCAACCUAAGUAACCAUCACUCUUAUUUCUUAACCAAACUCUUAGAAAAACAUCUAAAUCAGAUAAACUCGUUGGCAAAAAGAGAAAGGCCUCGAAACAAGAGUCCAGUUUAUCUUUGAACGAGCUCGCUAGUAAUGGUGACGACUUCGACAACGAAUCUCAAAAUUAAAAAUUAUUCUCGAAAGAUAAUGAAUUUGACUCUGAAUUCGACGACUUGUCUGAUGACGAUUCCUCUACCAAUAACUAACUCUUCAAGAUAGAAAAGAAAAUUCAGUAGCCAGACCUCUCCAAGAGGGAAAGAAGACUCCUCCAAAACAGGAAAAGUGCGCUUAAGUGCCGACUUAAGAAAUAGCAAGAGCUAGACAAGAUGAAAAAGCAAGUUGACAAGCUCGCUCAGGAAAAUAGAGAGCUUAAAGAAAAGAUAAGCGGAAUGAACGCCUUGCUGCAGUGCAAAUCUGAGGAAAACGCAAGCUUAAAUAAGAAAUAUGCCGACCUCUAGCUUCAGCAAACGCUAAUCAUUGCGUCACACUUGACUCAAACUAGUGGCAUUAAUGGAUUUCAACUUGGAGGCCGCUUGAACCCAAACCAGCAGCAUGCUUCCUUGAAUUCCUCCGCAAACUAACCUCAAUAACAAAAUCAGACUAAUUAGAACGCUCAGGCUAAUAACUUCCUAAGCAGCCUUAUGGCUCAGACCCUACUUAGUAACUCAGUCAUAUAAUAAUAGCAAAUGCACCAACAACUGGGAAUGACUCAAUCCACCUAGAAUAAUUAAAACAACAACCUCUAAGCCAUCUUAAGUGAACUUCAGAGCAGUUUAUUAGGACAAUAAUCUUAACAGAGUCAGCUCCAACAUCUCCUGGCAUAAUCCUAGCAGGCAGGAUUCUCAGGAGGCUCCUCUGUAACUGGAUAAAGUUUGGUUGAGAGCCAGUUAAAGGCUGCCUCUCUCUUUGGUAACUGCCACUCGUCUACUAAUUCGACGUUAUCAAAUAAGAGUAGCACCGCUUAAUUCUCCCACCUACAAGCUAUAGCCCAAGGUAGCUAAUCUAAAUGA